AAUGGCUAAUGUUGGUCAUGGCUCCCCAACUUCCCCGCCACGUGGAGAGAGAGGGAGAGAGACAGAGAGGGGAGCAUCUCCGAUCCGCUCGCGCAUCCCGAGGCCACCGUCUACUUCGGCUCCUGCUCUUCUUCCUCUUCAUUCUCCUCCGCUUGGGUGAGAGGAGAAGGGGGGAAAGAGAUCCUCUCUUUCUUUUCCUUUCUCAGACGGGAUAUCUGUUUCAUCGGUAGCAGCGCCGGGAUUUCUUGAUGUCGAGAGGCAAAAUGAAAUGGUUCAGUUCUUUGAGGAAGGCACUAAUCCCCCAGUGCUGUAAAAGAGAUUAUGGGAAGGGAAAUUGCAAGUCCAAUGAUUUUGGCCUCCUUGGUUCACAGGAUAUGGAGAGUUGUAUUCAGAAUUCUACUUCACUGCCGCCACCAAUUGCCAUUAAGGAGGAUAAGCUGAUGGCUAAGGAAAGCGAACAGAGUAGCCGUGGCCGUGCCUACACAGCAGCCCUUGCCACUGCUAUUGCUGCAGAGGCUGCAGGUGCUGCCAUUCGGGCUGCGGCCGAGGUCAUUCGCAUAACCACCUCAAUGACUAAGUCCUCUACUAAACUGACAAAAGAGAAUGCUGCCAUUAGAAUCCAGAGUGCAUUCAGAGGUCACCAGGCAAGGGCUUCUUUCCAAGCUUCAAGAGGACUGGACAGGCUGAGGAGAGUUGUGGAUGGGAUCGCCGCCAAGUCGCAAACAACAAAAACCUUGUACUCCUUGCAGACUAUGUCGAGAGUGCAGAUGCAACUUCCUCCGAGGUACAGACUGGAGGAGAUCCACAUUCCUCAGCAGCAGAAAUGCGAAAAGGAAAACGACAAGAAAAAGAUAGGAGAGGGGUGGGAUCAUGGUUCUCAGUCCAAAGAACAAGCUGAAGCAAAACAAUUGAACAGGAAAGAAGCUGCUUCAAAAAGAGAGAGGGCUUUAGCUUAUGCAUUUUCUCAUCAGUGGCGGAGCUCGUCCAAAUCUACAGUCCCAGCAAUGAACCUCAACAGAGGUGGCAAGUUCGUUGUCCAAGAGGCCAGCAAUCCCCAGUUGGGAUGGAGCUGGUUGGCGCGCUUGAUGGCAGGAAAACCAUGGGAAAAAAAGCAAAACGGCUCCUUUAAAACUCCCAGCUGUGUUGGUGGAGCACGACCGGCUGCCAUUGCCGCCAAACACGGCAGUGACUCUGGCUCUAGCUCGCCUGCAGUGCCACUCUCGCCGACGUCCUCGGCCGCGAGCAGCAGGAAAGAUUCAUUGAGCUCGAGACGCAACAGCCAAUGCUCACCUAGAGCCAAGGUGAGCGCGCGGUUGAGGCGACACAGCGUCGCAGGGCUGCCGUCGGUGACAGACAGGAACGGGCUCGGCCGAUCCCUGGUGGAACUGAAUAAGAACCACGUGGCAUCCACGCAGGCCGCCAAGACAGGCUCCCGACUGUUUCCAACGGUGAAGGAGCAACCGGCAGCUAGGAUCCGGCGGCUGUCGUUGAACAAAUGACGAGGCUAAUGGCCUGGAUCGUACUGAAAGUGUGAUUUAUGUGAUCAUGACAAAAUAUGUUCUUGGAUGAUACGUGAGAAUAUGAAAACUGAUAUAUUUUUUAUUUCCACGGUGAAUCAUGAUUUAUUCCAUGUUAAUCUGGCUCAUAUUGUGUUGUAAAAACAUUUGCAUCUAAAUUCAUCAAUAUUCAAAUUUUAGAUCA